CUCGUCGUCGUGCAGAAUCGGGAAUUGGCGAUUUCCUUCUGCUGCUGUGGAGGAAUCGAUCGCCAAUUGCCGCAUCGAUCGAUCGACUGUCAGUUGUGGGAUCGGCGCGAGCGCGAAGCGUGGAGCUGCAGGAGGGACGGAGGUGGUUUGGUUGAAUCGGAGCCAUGGCAAUGGUGGCGCUAUGUCCUUGCGCUGUCGCGGUUGGUCUGGAUUUGAGGUCCAGCUGCACGAGCAUACGGAGACGAGAAUUGGCUCACGGAUGCGCUUUGACGCGACGGGCGUCCUCCUUCGAGAGGGCGCGCAGUAUAGCCUCGGCUGCUUGCUUCUCAAGUAGCCGAGGGCUGUCCGAAAGCAGAAGCCAGAGGAAUUCUGGAGCUUCUUGGAUAUCUUGUGCAGUCUCUCCCGCUUCAGCGAGCGCGACAGCGCAGUCGACGAAGAACGACGAUCUAAGCUCCGAGGCUAUACCAGAGAGAAGUGUCUCUGUGAUUCUGCUCGCAGGCGGAAAGGGCAAGCGUAUGGGGGCAAACAUGCCCAAACAAUAUUUGCCGCUGCUGGGUCAACCUAUCGCUCUUUACAGCUUUCAUACAUUUGCCAGUAUGGCGGCCGUAGGAGAGAUUAUCGUCGUCUGUGAUCCUUCCUACAGGGAUAUAUUUGAAGAGGCUAACAUUAGCAUUCCACUAAAAUUUGCUCUUCCCGGGAAAGAACGACAAGACUCCGUGCGAAGUGGGCUGCAGGAGAUCAGUGAGACAUCAAAACUGGCAUGCAUACAUGAUUCUGCUCGACCUCUUGUUCUCAUCAGCGAUAUCUUGAAGGUCAUCAAAGAUGCUAUGACUCAUGGGGCAGCGGUACUUGGAGUGCCCUGUAAGGCCACUAUCAAACAGGCUGGAAGCGACCUGUUUGUCACAAAGACUCUUGAUCGAAAGACGUUGUGGGAAAUGCAGACCCCUCAGGUCAUCGAGCCAGCGUUACUUCGGAAAGGAUUUGAGCUUGUGGAGAGGGAGGGUCUUGAAGUAACAGAUGAUGUUUCCAUAGUGGAGUAUUUGAAGCACCCAGUUCUGAUUACGGAGGGUUCUUAUACCAAUCUUAAGGUCACAACACCAGAUGAUCUCCUGGUUGCUGAAAGGAUUCUACAUCAAAAGUAGCCAGUGAUCUUGAUUAACAAUCUAUGCUGCACCUCGACAACAAUUUUGAAGGAUCAGAAGCUCAACUUUCCCUCGGCCUCCCAAGUUUUAGCCGUCACUGUCAAACUGGGCCUCACAGCCAACCAAGCGAGAGUUCUGAAAUCAUUGUUGACCAGGGCUGAUUCCAUACAGGAGAUGUCCUCGAUGUUUCCACUUUCACUUGCAAAUUAUUCAUUAGUUCUAAAUUAUGGCAUCGCCUUAAGAUAGCCAAGCUUAAGUAUACCAUCGAUUCUUGCUUACUUCCCCAUAAUCUGUAGUCCAACGUCCUGUGCCCCCUGGAAAUUUAAAAAUUAAAUCUUUAUUAUGCUCAAAGUGCUGUUCUUGCCCCAACUACAGAUGCAAAACACAAACCAAGCAGGACAUUUCUAGUAGGAACGUAGCCUACCUCCCGUUGUAGCACUCGUUACCGAGUACAACCCUCUUUUAGCUUGCUCGAACCAGUAACAUCUUGCAAGGUGAACCUUUUUAGCUGACACACUCCUUUCACUUCGUGGAGUCAAGAAGUGUUAAGUAUCAAGUAGUGUAACUGAAGAUUGAAGUCCCUUUUUCGUCAGUGCACGAAAAACCUGAUCCAAUCACAACAACCGAAACUUCCAUGAGUUUUACAUACUGCUUUCAGAGAAGGUUAUCUGCCGCGGUAUGUAAAUUUCGGUGUCGAAUUGUCGCAGUUGUUGGGUGUCUGGAAGAGAUCAAAGAGGAUUCCUUGGUCUAGUCAUUGAGAGGCCCAACCCUGAUUGAUAACAAACCC